AUGAUGUCCUCGCAGCUCGUAGCUUGUAGUGGUAAUAUUCAGCUGAAAAAAGCUCGUGGUUUCCAAAUACAAGGCAUCCUCCCAGCAGGCUACAAUAUGAAAACUGAUGUCACUAUCUCUGCUCCUCCAGUACCCUCUAAUGCCUUGAAGUCUACGGCUUUUUGCAAUGGUGUCAAGGAUCUUUUCCAGAGCAGACACAUUGAUUACCUGAAUACUGCUUUGUUUGGCCAAAGAGGUACCAAGAUUUCGCAUCCUACAUUUGCUGCUCUGUCGUCCGCCACUGCGCCAAUACUCGAUGCUAUCGCAAGGGAUAUGCCUCAAUCUACUAGCGAACUCACGAUGGUGACUCAAGGAUUGUACAAAACAAAUCUCAAAAACAUGUGGGCAAGUAAUAAGGUAUUUAACAAAUCACUGAACAAGCUACUGGAGAUUCUUCUUUGCGUGCAUCUCGCCCCAAAACGAGAGUCGCAUUACUGGGAGCUUCAACAGGCCAAAGCAAAGAAGCAACCCAAGCAAGUUGUCAAGUUGAUCAGAAAUUCGUUUCACAGCGCCAUCCGAUCAGAGAAGUACAUACUUCAAAGAUAUCAAAGAAAGACACAGGGCAAACCAGAAGACAACAACUGGGCGAAGCUGGCCAGAAAUAGUCAAGAGCGCAUAACUCACAUGUACGCUGAUGCCAAGCGUCCUGUCAAGUCUGUUUCUACUUCUGGUACUACAUCUGAUCAAGCUGCUGUAUCUGCUUCUGGCUCAGGUUCUUUUACUACAGGCGUAUCUAUUCCUACUGCUCCCUCUGGCGCUUCUGACGCUGUUGCUGCCUCCAAUGCUAGUUUUGAUCUUGAUAGUGCUGAUAUGCCUAUUGACAACCUGCUCCCUCUUUCUGAACUGAUAGAUGAAGAAAACGACCAAGAAGAAGAGGAAGGCACCCGUGAUCUGCCUAGAAGACGAAUUAUGAUUCUCAAAGCUACCCUGAGAAAUCUCUUGGUGAGGCAAGCUGGCAAGUCUUUCACCCAUACACAGCUCAAGAAGGAGCAUCCCAAUAUCAUGGAAGAAGAGAACCGCGUGUGCUUGCUUCUGGGAAAAUUAUUGCUGCCUUAUAUACCUACUAGAGAUCAUUAUAGCUACAUUGGCUUCCAGUUGCCAUUCUUAUUGUUGGCUACCACAAGUUUGCCGUGGAUCUGUGUCCAACUUCUUCCUGUGGCUCGUUACAUGCAAUGCGUGUGGACGCGGCCUCUCUGUAUGCCUUAUGUACCAGAGGUGAUGAUCAAAUGGAUAUCUUUGACUUUCAAGGAUGUGUCAUAG